AUGUCGUUAAAACUGGGUGGUCAGGAUAUGAUCCUCCUGAACAGCCCCGAAGUAGUCAAAGAUCUCAUCGAGAAGCGAAGCAACAUCUAUUCGGCUCGUCCAGAUCUCUACAUGCGCGAAUUCGGAGACGGCUUGAACAUUGCUCUACGGGACAACGACGAAACAUGGCGACGCCAACGCAAGAUGUACCACGUCCGUCUCAAUGUGAAAACGGCAAACAACUAUCUGCCCUAUCAGAUCUUUGACAGUGUGCAGCUCAUGCAUGACAUGGUAGAACAUUCCAGCAACUGGGUUGGCAACCUACAAAGAUAUACGGCGAGCAUCGCAUCUACAGUCCUUUACGGCUGGCGAACACCCAAUGUGUAUACGGGAUAUGUCAAGGGUCUUAUUGAGGUAAGCCUUGUGCCCUUGGCUAUCCCAGUCGACUUUUUCCCCUUCCUUCGUCCCUGGUAUCGGGUGAUGCCAGUCUGGAUGAGCUCGUUCAAACGCGCGCUUUCCGAUAUUCAGAAACUUGAGGAUCGGCUUUUCUUCCAACUACUCGAAGGGGCCAAGGAGAAGAUCGCCUGUGGGAAGCGAUAUCCCAGCUUCAUUCGGGACAUGCUCAUUGACAAGGACGCCGACCACCUCACAGAAAGACAAAUUGCCCAUAAUGCAGGGCAUGGUUUCGGCGCAGCAACAGACACCACUUGGAAUACGUUGCUAGGCUUCGUCAAAGCGAUGGUCCUUUUCCCCGACGUGCAGCGAAAGGCGCAGGAAGAGAUCGACCAGAUCAUCGGCGCCGAUUGUAUGCCUUCCUGGGAGGACCGGGAACGCCUCCCUUACAUCCGUGCUGUGGUGGAAGAGACCCUGAGAUGGGCACCGAGUCCGAUCAGCGGCGCCGUGCCACAUUCGGUUGUCUGCGAUGACAUCUACAAAGGCAUGAAAAUCCCCAAAGGCGCCACCAUCAUGAUGAAUAUAUGGACCUUGAACCACAACACAUACGAAAACUCUCGUACUUUUGAUCCCACCCGUUUCAGUGCAGAAGCGACCCUGAAUGAGAACUAUGGCAUCAACGCCGACUCGCUCAACCGACCACACUUUACUUUCGGUGCGGGGCGGCGAGUAUGUCCUGGAUUUCAUGUUGCGGAACGAGCCUUAUUCUUGGCCAUCUCGCGAUUACUAUGGGGCUUUGAAUUCCACCGGGCAGUGGACAAGAACGGCAACCCCCUUCCUAUCAACCGUGACGCCGUGACACCAGGCUUCAUUGUCAGGCCAGAGGCUUUUAAAUGUGACAUCCGACCCCGAGGACCGGAGCGCGUCGCCUUGAUCAAGUCAGAGUGGCAGAAGGCUCAGACAAGGCUGGACUCGGAUGGCAAUUUCAAGGAGGAGUUCUUCCAAAACAUGGUCUCCAAGAAGGAGCUCCAGUCAUGA